AUAUUCGCACUACAUUACGGAAACAGAGAAGUGAUAUUUAAACUGACAAUGCAUUGAACAUACACAAAAUUGUUGAUAUUUUGUUGGUGCUGCAUACGGGUCCUGUGCAUACGUCACACGCAACUACUAGACAACCGUAACCAAGGACUGUGAAUGUUUACAUCGUGUCAGCCGUGCAGCUACAAAGCUAAGUAGCCCGAUUUUACAAAUGCAUCCAAUAUAUCUUAGCAGAGGCGUUUCUCCCCGACGCAAAUAAAGAUUAUUGCGUUUCUGGUGUAUCCACACUUUCGAGGCACCUCGUAUUCGAACCUUCUCUCAGAGGACCAAGAAAACAAUGCAUCUAAAACAUCUGAAGACCUUGCUAACUCCACAGGACGGAGCAGCCAAAGUAACAUGUAUGGCAUGGGCUCCUAACAACGCAAGGUUUGCUGUGUGCACUGUGGAUAGAGUCGUGCUGUUGUAUGAUGAACAAGGAGAGAGAAGGGACAAGUUUUCUACGAAACCUGCAGACGCAAAGUAUGGAAAGAAAAGCUACACUGUCAAAGCCAUGGCCUUCUCGCCAGACUCCACUAAAAUUGCCAUCGCUCAGACGGAUGACAUCAUUUAUGUGUAUAAAUUAGGAGAAGACUGGGGUGACAAAAAAGUGAUUUCCAACAAGUUUAUACAGACGAGUGCUGUUACCUGCUUGAUAUGGCCAGCUGAUCAUGCCAUUGUGUUUGGCCUGGCAGAAGGGAAGGUGCGGUUGGCCAAUACUAAAACCAACAAGUCGUCCACAGUCUACGCAACGGAAUCCUAUGUUGUUUCGCUCACAUCAAACGUGUCUGAGAAGGGCAUCAUGUCUGGUCAUGCGGACGGGACGGUGGUGCGCUACUUCUUUGAUGACGAGGGAUCAGGAGAGUCCCAGGGUAAGGUGUUCACCCACCCGUGCCCGCCGUACGCGCUGGCGUGGGGGGUCAACAGCAUCGUGGCGGGGGGUUGCGAUAAGAAGGUGGUGGCGUACGGCCGCGAGGGCCACGUGCUGCAGACCUUCGACUACAGCAGGGAGCGCUCGGAGAAGGAGUUCACCGUCGCCGCCACCAGCCCCAGCGGCCAGUCCCUCGUGCUCGGCAGCUAUGACCGAUUGCGAGUGUUUAACUGGAGUCCUCGGCGAGGCACCUGGGAUGAGGCUCCCCCUAAAGAGAUCCCCAACCUCUACACCAUCACGGCCCUCGCAUGGAAGAAGGAUGGCUCCCGACUCUGUGUGGGUACGCUGUGUGGGGCGGUGGAGCAGUUUGACUGCUGUCUGCGCAGGAGCAUCUACAAGAACAAGUUUGAAACCACAUACGUGGGGCUGAGCCAGGUGAUCGUGAGGAACCUGUCUACGGGGAUGCGCGUGGUGCUGAAGUCUCACUACGGCUACGAGAUCGACGAGGUGAAGAUCAUGGGCAAGGACCGCUUCCUGGUGGCACACACCAGCGACACACUGUUGCUAGGAGACCUCAUGACCAACAAGCUGAGCGAGGUGGCUUGGCAAGGCUCAGGAGGAAACGAGAAGUUCUUCUUUGAAAAUGAAACGGUGUGUAUGAUCUUCAAUGCUGGAGAGCUGACCCUGGUGGAGUAUGGCAGUAAUGAGGUCCUGGGAUCAGUCAGGACCGAGUUCAUGAACCCCCACCUCAUCAGUGUGCGUCUGAACGAGAGGAAGAGGAAGGGUGUUGAGGAGGACAAGAAGCUGGCCUACCUAGUGGACAUCAAGACCAUCGCCAUAGUGGACCUGGUGAGUGGCUAUAACCUGGGCACGGUGAGCCAUGACGCCAAGGUGGACUGGCUGGAGCUGAACGAGACGGGACGCAAGCUGUUGUUCAGGGACAAGAAGCUGCGGUUGCACCUGUAUGACCUGGAGAGUGGUGACAAGAGUACGGUGUUGAGCUUCUGCUCCUAUGUGCAAUGGGUGCCCGGCAGCGACGUGGUGGUGGCCCAGAACCGCAGCAGCCUGUGUGUGUGGUACAACAUCGACAGCGCACAGAGGGUCACCAUGUUCCCUCUCAAGGGGGACAUAGUGGAUCUGGAGCGCUCCAACGGCAAGACGGAGGUGAUCGUGACCGAGGGGGUGAACACCAUCUCCUACACCCUGGACGAGGGGCUGAUCGAGUUUGGAACCGCCAUAGAUGACGCUGACUACUACAGGGCGGUGGCGUUUCUGGAGACUCUGGAGAUGUGUGCGGAGACGGAGGCCAUGUGGAAGACUCUCAGCAAGCUCUCACUGGAGGCCCAGCAGCUACACAUCGCAGAGAGGUGCUUUGCGGCGCUGGGGGAUGUGGCCAAGGCUCGCUUCCUCAACGAGACCAACAAGAUUGUGGAGCGCGUGGCCAAGGAGUUUGGGGGAGAUGGCACGGAGCACUACCAAGUGAAGGCUCGUUUGGCCAUGCUGGAGAAGAACUACAAGCUGGCAGAGAUGUAUUACAUGGAGCAGAAUGCCAUUGAGGAAGUGAUGGAGAUGUACCAGGAGCUGCACAUGUGGGACGACUGCAUUGCUGUAGCCGAGGCAAAGGGCCACCCGGAGCUGGAGAACCUGCGUCGCAGCUACUACCUGUGGCUGAUGGAGACCAAUCAGAGCGAGCGCGCCGGGGAGGUGAAGGAGGCCGAGGGCGACGACAUGGCGGCCGUCAACCUCUACCUGAAGGCGGGGCUUCCCGCCAAGGCCGCCCGAUUGGCCAUGGCCCGCGACCAGCUGGCCACCAACGCCAACGUCAUCAACCGCAUCGCCUCCGCCCUCAUCAAGGGGGACUUCUACGAGAGGGCUGGUGAUCUGUUUGACAGGAUCAGGAACAGUCAGCGGGCUCUGGAGUGCUACCGCAAGGGCAACGCAUUCAGGAAGGCGGUGGAGCUGGCGCGCGGGGCGUUUCCUGCGGACGUGGUGAAGCUGGAGGAGGCCUGGGGAGAUUACCUGGUGCAGCAGAAGCAGAUGGACGCCGCCAUCAACCACUACAUAGAGGCGGGGUGCUCUGAGAAGGCGAUUGAGGCGGCCAUCGGAGCGCGGCAGUGGAAGAAGGCCGUCCACAUCCUGGAACUUCAAGAGGAGAACCAGGCAGCGUCCCCGUACUACGAGCGUAUAGCACAGCACUACGCAUCCAUACAGGAGUAUGAGCUGGCUGAGCGUCUGUUCGUGAAGGGGGAUCAGAUCAAAGCGGCCAUCGACAUGCACACCCAGGCCGGGCGCUGGGAGGAGGCGCACAAGUUGGCGGUGAAGUGUAUGACUCCUGAGGAGGUGUCUGAGCUCUACAUCAGCAAAGCCCAGGAGCUGGAGCAGGAGGCCAAAUACAAAGAGGCAGAGAGGCUGUUCAUCACGGUGGGCCAGGCAGAGCAGGCCAUCUCCAUGUACAAGAAGAAGGCCAUGUACGACGACAUGAUCCGCCUCGUGGGCCUGCACCACCCCGACCUGCUCAUAGAGACGCACACACACCUGGCCAAGGAGCUGGAGAAGGAGUCUCGUCUGCAGGAGGCGGAGUACCACUACAUAGAGGGGCAGGACUGGAAGACGGCCGUGCACAUGUACAGGGAGAGAGACAUGUGGGAGGACGCCCUCAGGGUGGCUAAGAGCCAUGGGGGCGUGGCUGCGUCGCGGCAGGUGGCCUACCUGUGGGCCAAGAGUCUGGGGGGGGAGGCGGCCGUCAAGCUGCUCACCAAGUUCAACAUGCUGGACACCGCCCUGGACUUCGCCAUGGACACACACGCGUAUGAGUUUGCCUUUGAGCUGUCUCGCCUGGCCCUCAAGGAGAAGAUCCCCGACGUCCACCUCAAAUAUGCCAUGAGUCUAGAGGACGAGGGCAAGUUUCUGGAGGCGGAGGCGGAGUUUGUCAAGGCCGGCAAGCCCAAGGAGGCCGUGCUCAUGUAUGUGCACCAGCAGGACUGGGUGGGAGCCCAGAGGGUGGCGGAGGCCCACGACCCGGCCAGCAUGAGUGACGUGCUGGUGGGCCAGGCCAAGACCUGCUUCCAGCAGAGGGACUUCCAGAAGGCAGAGGCCUACAUGCUGCGCGCUCAGAGGCCAGAGCUGGCCAUCAAAUACUACAAGGAGGAGGAGAUGUGGAUCGAUGCCAUGCGUAUCUGCAAGGAGUACCUGCCCAGCAAGCUGGCCCUACUGCAGGAGGAGUACGAGAGAGAGGCCUCCAAGAAAGGGCCCAGGGGCGUGGAGGGUGUGUUGGAGCAGGCUCGUGAGUGGGAGCAGACGGGUGAGUAUGCCCGGGCCGUGGACUGCUACCUGCGGGUCAAGGACACCAACAACACCGCCCUGCUGGAGAAAUGCUGGAUGAAGGCUGCUGAGUUGUCUAUAAAGUUCCAGGGUGGGGAGCGAGCGGCGGAGGUGGUGCAGGUUGUGGGGCCGCGCCUCGUGCAGCUCCGGAAGUACAGCGCCGCAGCGGAGCUGUAUCUGAAUCUGGACCUGGUGAAGGAGGCUGUGGACGCCUUCAUAGAGGGGGAGGAGUGGAACAAAGCCAAGAGGGUGGCCAAGGAACUGGAUACCAGGUUGGAGGACUACGUGGACCAGUGCUACAAAGAGCAUUUGAAGAACCAAGGCAAAGUGGACUCUCUGGUGGGGGUGGAUGUGAUGGCAGCUCUGGACAUGUAUGCAGAGAGAGGCCAGUGGGAGAAGUGCCUGGAGACUGCAUCCAAACAGAACUACAAGGUUCUCCACAAAUACGUGGCGCUGUACUCCACACACCUGAUCAAAGAGGGCCAGGCAGAGGAGGUGCUCAACCUCUAUAUACAGCACGGGGUGCCAGCCAACUCACAGAACUUCAACAUCUACAAGCGCAUGUACCAGGAGCUGCUGAGUCAGACGGACAGAGACAAUGCGGAGUCCUACCGCAUGUGGGCCGCACUACGCGACUUCAUGCUGGCCCUGUGUGAGAGCAUGAGCAAGUCUUCGGAGGCCAACUCUGCGGUGCACGAGGAGUUUGAGCAGAUGCUGCUGGUGGCCCACUACUACGCCUCCCGCUCAGCCGCCACAGCUCUCCCGCAGCUGAGUGCUAUAGCAGCCAAGCUGUCCAUCUCUCUGCUGAGGCACACAGAGCUGGUUCCAGCUGACAAGGCCUUUUAUGAGGCCGGACUCGCUGCCAAGGCGGUGGGAUGGGAGAAUAUGGCCUUCAUCUUCCUCAACCGCUUCCUUGACCUGGCUGACGGUAUUGACGAGGGCAACCUGGAUGCUCUGGACCACUCUGACUUCCAGGACACAGACAUCCCCUUUGAGGUGCCGCUGCCGGACAAGCUACACGUCUCGGUGGAGAAGCGAGAGGAGAUUCGUGACUGGGUGUUGACGGUGUCCAUGGACCAGCGUGUGGAGCAGGUGCUGCCCAGAGAUGAGAGGGAGACCUACGAGGCAUCGCUACUGGCGGCCAACACUGGCAUACGCUCCCUACCAUGCCUCAUCACAGGUUACCCUGUGCUGCGUAAUAAGAUUGAGUUUAAGAGAGCAGGCAUGGCUGCCAACAAAGACGACUGGAACAAGUUCCUUAUGGCCACCAAGACGAGCCACAGCCCGGAGUGCCAGGACGUGCUGAAGUUCCUGAAUCACUGGUGCGGAGGCCUGCCCACCGCCGGCUUCUCAUUCCACUGACAAGCUCAACCCCCCACCCCACCGCUCCAUCCCCCUCUCCUUCCACUGACAACCUCACCUCAUCCCUCCAUCUCUCUCUCUCUCUCUCUCCUUCCACUGACAACCUCACCUCAUCCCUCCAUCUCUCUCUCUCUCUCCUUCCACUGACAACCUCACCUCAUCCCUCCAUCUCUCUCUCUCUCUCUCCUUCCACUGACAACCUCACCUCAUCCUCCUCUCUCUCUCUCUCAUCCCUCUCUCUCUCUCAUCCCUCUCUCUACACUGACAACCUCACCUCACCCCCCCCACCCCUCUCUCUCUCCACUGACAACCUCACCUCAUUCACCUCUCUCUCUCUCUCCUCUCUGCCUCUCUCUCUCUCUCUGUCUCUGUCUCUCCCCCCAUCUCUCUAUCUCUCUCUCUCUCUCUCUCCUCUCUCUGUCUCUGCCUCUCCCCCCAUCUCUCUCUCUCUCUCUCUCUCUCCCCAUCUCUCUCUCUCUCUCUCUCUCUCUCUCUCCCCAUCUCUCUCUCCUCUCUCUGUCAGUGUCUCUCCCCUCUCCCACUUGUUCUGUCUUGUGGGAGAACUCUUCUUCUUCUUCUCUCUCUCCCUCUACCUGUGCCUCUUUCCAGUGUCUCAGUCUCCUCCCCCCCAUUCCAUUAUCAUGUUCUUCUUCUCCAGUUGAGUUGCACAUGCAGUCAAUCUGGGUCACGGGGCUGGUAGCUGCGGAGGGCAGGGCAGGCGCUCAGCUGAAGUGAAGCAAGCGCACAGCACAGGAAUGACACACAGUUCUCCAGUUGGAAACAGUAGAAACAUUAAUCCUGGACAUGUUUUCAUAUUCCUGGACAGGGAUGUGACUGCAAUGCAUUUACAACAUAUUGGAACCUGCAGCACUCUGUGUAAUCAAAUUUUAAUAUUUAUAUCCCAAAUAUUGAUUUUUUUUACAUACAUUAUAUGUAUAUGUAUUGUAUUUUCAGUGUGCCUAAUAAAUUGUAUUUCCUUA